CAACAUUGCAUUUCUGCUGUAGGCCUAAUGUAUACUGGAUUACUGCAUACAGCGAACAUUACCUCCGUUUGGCCUGGGGCUAGCAGAUGUAUGAUGAGGAACAUCAUGAUCUGAAGUUCAUCGCAUGAUCAUCAAAGCUCAAACUCCAGCCUGGAUAUAACAAGGAGAGGUGCCUGUGAGGAUUGAUAACUACAAGCCAAGUCCACAUUGACCAUGGAAUGUCAUUCAACGACGACUGUCGCCUUGGCAGCCGUUUACAUUGUACUUGGAGCUGGAAGGGUCAUGCUUAUGAGAUUAUCAGCUAAUGAAGAUCAUAAAUAUGACUACUUGCCUGUGACAGUCAAUGUAUGUGCUGAGGCCGUCAAGCUGGUUGUGUGUCUUUCUAUCAUGCUCAAGUUGGAGAUGAGUGGUAAACCUUUGUUCAAGGAAUUCAUUCAAUUCAGCUGGCCUGAAUGUCUCAGGUUUUUUAAAUGGAGUAUCCCUGGCCUGCUUUAUUUCCUUGACAACCUUAUUGGAUUUUCUGUCAUGACAUUCUUUGAACCGGCUGUUGCUGUUUUGCUUGGAAACUUCACAAUCAUAUCAACAUCACUCCUUUUCAGACUCAUUUUAAAACGAAAAUUUAGUCGGGUGCAGUGGGCGUCCCUGCUGGUUCUCUUUCUUGCGAUAGUUUCAUUAUCAAACCAAGAUCACAGGAGCUCAAACAGAGGUCACCACCAUACGUCCGCCACGCUAGAAUCCAUAGACAAUGCCACACUCUACGAGGUUGAGAUACUCCAGAAACGACAUGCCAUUCCGUCGGACCUAUGUCAUCGGCAACUGCGCCAUACCUCAGAACCGUCCAACUCAGAAGUCAGCAAGUACAGCUUCACGGUCAGCUUCGGGCAUGUUUUGAUCGUGGUACAGUGCUUCUUGUCAUCGUUUGCAAACAUAUACAACGAGAAGAUUUUCAAGGAAGGUCAUAACGAACAGGGUCUCCACAUGUACAUUGUCCAGAACACCCGGCUGUAUACCUUCGGUGUGAUCUUCAACACGCUUACACUUUUUGUCAUUCCGAACUUCCGGAACCGCGUUGUCUAUUGUGGGAUGUUCAGUGGGUACACCUGGUACUCCACGUUACUCAUCUUCGCCACAGCCGCCCUUGGACUGACGAUAUCCUUGAUGCUCAAGUUCAGAGACAACAUGUUCCAUGUCCACAGCGCGCAGGUCACGACUGUUGUCAUCAUCAGCCUAUCAAUAUGGCUGACAGGAUUCAAACCAACCUUAGACUUCUUCUUGCAGAUGCCUACGGUGUUUCUGGCUAUCUUUAUCUACAACAACAGUCAUGCGCCAGCAGAACCAGCCUCGACACCUAGGAGGAGAUAUCCAUCAGAGACUGUUAGCAGGGGCCAGGACAAAUCGGUUAGGAAGAGGGGUACUUCAGUCAGUGAGGAAUUGAUAGAAUUGACGAGAGUUGAUGGAGAAGACGAAACAAGCUUGGUAGAAUAAUAGCGAGACCAAUCCCUCUUGUUUUGGAGCAUGGUGCUUGGUCAUUUUCUUUGUGAAGACCCUAGGUAUACCAUGCAAAGCAGCUGAGAAGUAAACAUUGAUUCUGUUCUAAUUAACCUUGUACGAUGUAGGGAUUUCGGAAGUGGGUUGUGACGCAAUGAUCAGAAAUGCAACCAAAAUGUGUACUUCAGUCAUAAGGUUAUUGGUUUCAAGGAAACAGUACUACAGGGUAAUAUAAUGCCUCUGUAAUCAAUGAACGAGUCACAGGAUUGGAUCGGGGGGGGGGGGGCAAUGUUCAUUUUACCUCUUCGUGCGGUACUGCACCACAUGCCGGAAGUUUAUUAUCACAAUUCUGAAAUUUUCCCUUAUUUUUUAGUUUAUUGAUAAUGUUGAAUUGUGCUUGAUCAAGGUUGUGUAGGAAGAAUCAAUCAAAUCCUUGAUAAUAUUUGUUUAUAUUAUAGGGCACUACUUACAUAAACCAAGAGGAUAUAUUCAGCUGGAAUACUCCCCAGGGAGUAUAAAAUGUACUAAGAUUGUGAGCAUAUGAGACGGAUUAACUUAUGACGAGGGUAAAAUAUUAAUAUUGCAUAAAAGACACAUCUUAAGCCCCUUAAUAAUAAUAAAAUUAUUAUCCUCACCAAAUAAUUAAGUAUACCUGUGAUAUCCCGAAAAAAAGACUGUGCAAUAUGCUGUACAUAUCGAGCGUUGUGGCCCAGUGGAUUAUUAUCCUGACUUUGAAAUAGAGAGUUGUGGGUUCACGUCCCGGCAAGAAAUUGAUCCACACACUUUGCUGCACUCAACCCAGGUGAGGUAAAUGGGUACCAUGCAGGAAUCCUUGAAAUAUGUUAGAGCUAUAAAAGGCUAUGGGGCUAAAGCCAGGGUAAUAAUAUUCAAGUCUUUUGGAAGCGCAUAGGGACGUUAUAUAAUUGUGUGAUAUGUGUUAUAUGUAUCAGGUAUUGAGUAUGCAUUCGCUUUUCUCAUUAUAUGUCUAUCUUUUUACUACUUACAUAUAUGUGCACUAAAAAUGUUCAGCAAUUAUUUUAACAUGUACAUUUAUUCUAUGUAUCAUUAAGUUUUAUUUUGAAACUAUACGGACUUAAACCAUACAAUUCAAUGAAGAAUUUUUACUUUUUUGCAUUGAGGGUAAACAAUCAGGGAAAUUGCUUUGAGUCUAAAAAAUCAUACACAUUUUUCUUAACGAUUGAUAUUACAUGGACAUUGUUAUGAUAGUCUUCUCGAGUGUUAUUAGUAUGAUAUAGCUAAGACAACAAGAAAUAAAAGUUUAUAUGCACAAUUAUUUGAAUAUUCCAUUGUACAUUAUCAAGGUGCUUCUUUAGUAUUUAUCACUGGAAAUUGGCAUACAUGUACAGGAUGACAUGUUAUGUGCUGAAAUACACAUGUAACAAAGGGAGAUUUGAUGUAAAACAAUAUAAGUCCUUGAAAUAUGUAUAAGGUCCCUUGUAUUGAGUUCAUUACAAAAUUCAACUUUUUAUAACUUAGAACUGAAAAAAAAAUGGUACAUUCAAGAAUUAAGCUGCGCUUUCCUUGAAUAUUAUAUACUGUUUACUCUUUAACAAUGCAAGUUUUACUCACAUUUUGGACAUGUAUGUAUUGGAGGCAGUAGAUAUCCCAAAGUGGUGAUUAUUAUUAUUUGAAAUUGUAGACUCUGUAGGAUAUUUAAAAACUCCCACAAUAUAUCUUAAAUACUCAGUGUAAUAUCGAUUUUUUAAUAUGUAAAGUUCAGGAUUGGACAUUUUUUUUCACUUUUGGGGGCUAUUUUUUCCCCACUCUGGGGCAAUUGCUGAAUUUUAGGGGCUGUUUCUUUCAAUUGAAGGGAAUUUUCUUGUGCAACGAGCAAUCAUGCUUUAAAAGCAUUUAAUUGGAAAAUUGACUUCCUAUUAAAUGUUGUUUGUAGCAGAAUUCGGGGUCGCCCAAAAGCCUUCAAUUUUGGGAUUUUUAGGGGCGAUUUGGGAUGUCAUGUGGGCAUUCCCUACCCUGGUAAUGGCAAUCAUAAUACUGUGUUCAAACUUCUUUCAGUGUAUUAUCACACUUGGUACAAGAUCAGAAAUACCAGGGUCCUGUAACACAAAGGUUUACGAUUAAUCGUACGCUUGAAUUUUACGAUUGAUUGUACAUUGUAGUCAAUGGAAUCAAUCGUAGAAAAAUGUUCUACAAUCAUUGCUAAGCUUUGUGUUACUGGCCCCAGAAGAUGAUGAGACUGAAUUCAUCAUAUGAUUUGCACCCUCACUAAUCAAAUCCUGGGAAUGCUUACUGUGACAAAAUGAAUCAAGUGACAUAUUAACUGAAAUGGAGUUUUUAAUGUGUUAACAUUCUACAUAUUGAUCUCUUCUUCCAGGAAAACUAUCUUGGAGGGGAAAAAAUUAUCUUGCUAUGAAAUAUGGCCAGUUAACCAUCAUGCUAUAAUUGGUGUCUACAUGUAUGUUGAUUAGAGACACAUUUUUCUUGUACAUGAAAUUACAAUUCUGUUACUUGCUUCUUUUUGUCAAAGUUAGGAGAAUAUGUAUGACCCAAUUCUAAUAUUUUUUGCCAUACUGCAUCAUUGAUCCUGUCAUUAUGACCAAUUUCUGAGGUGAAAUGAGCAGAACUUAUUCUAAUUGAUUUUGAAAAAAAAGGAAUGGUCUGCAUCUGUUUUUACCAGUAAUAUUUUGAAUUAAUAUAUUUAAUGAAGCUUAAUUAAUUGAUUUGUUGUGCUCUCUACUAAAAUGUGUGCUUAAAUUUAAAAUAUGUAAACAAAAUUAUGAUACACCCUGUAUAUAUAGAAUUAUGUGUGAAUGUAAUUGGACUUUGACUUGCCAUACAUAAUUACAUACUGUAAGACAAGAAAAUUUCGAGUAGGCCUAUCUUAAAAAAUCUGAAAUUUAUUUCGUGGUUUUUUUUCAGAUUAUUGCUGGAUUUGCAACAAUUAAAACGUAGUUUUGGCGUUUGUGGCUCAUUUAAGAAAAAAAAAUGCCAUGAUUUCAUUAGCUUGACCAUUAUUUUGCGGCUUGCUUUGCACAUUUGAAUGAUUUCCAUUUGGUGGCCAGCGAGGCAUUGACUUGCAUGAAUAUACAGACUUGUUUUGUUGAUAUCCAUGUUAAGAUUCAUAAUGCACUCCUGUGUAAUCUACUUAAGGUUGGGGAGUCACUGGCCGCCAAGCACUGUUGCAGAGAGUGCAGAUUUUGUUGCAUUCUGAUGCGUAUGGGGCUGGGGGGCUAAAAGAUGGGGGUACAGCAAGCUUUUUUUUUAUUGUUUUUUUUUUUUUUUCAAAAUGACAUAUGUAUCUGAUUAUGUGAUGAGUACAGUGUGGUACUAAACAUGACAGUAUUCAGAUCAUUAGAUGAUCUUAAAUGUGCCAUUUGUUUAUUUUGUUAAUGAGCUAAUUUUAUUCUAAACUGGUCUCUUUUGAAAUGUUAUCACUGUUGAGUAGCCAACAUGUGUAUCUAAUGGAGAAAAGUGUGAAGCACUUUAUAAACAACAAGGAAAAUGCUUUACACAAAUAUCAAUUGAUUUUGUUGGGAUUGGAAUGAUUAAAAUAUUAUUAGCUAUUAAGAGCUUUUGAAUAUCCAAGCAUUUCUUUUCAAUAUUAAUAGGACAAUUGCUGAUUUGUCUACACAUUUUUUGUCUACUUUUCAUUUGGUCUCAUCCCACCUGUUCUAAUCCUACUUUGUCUACAUCCAAGUUUUCAACUUUCCUUUUGGUGUAAUUUUCCAUUAAAGAGAAAUGCCAGUAGUUGCAGUAAACACUGAUUUCAUGAGAAAGUCUGUAAAACCAGGCUUAAUUGUCAGUAUAUCAUCGAGGAUCUAGAUCUGGUACAGUUACAUAAACUAAACUUUGUGAAAUCUUGAAAUCUACGCUGAAAAAUGUUCACGCUGGAGAUCACUAACACAGAUAAGCGCACGUGGGACAGUGUAUUAUUGCUUUGAAUGUCGGCCCGCCGCUUGACCCGAAUCCUGUGCUAAUUUGCUGAUUUAUCAGCAAUUACACAAUUUCUUCCAGAAUCCUUUGGCACAUAUUUUUUAUUUAUACAAACAGACACUUUGGUGGUCAUUUCAUUGGAUUCUGUACGAACUCAUUUUGAUAUCGUUACCACAACUGGAAUUUACCUUUAAGCCCAUCAUCAUUUUGUCACACUGAUUUCCAGUUAAUAGGCAUGAUGGCUCAGUGCUAGACGGCCGCCUCAUGAACGGAAGGCCGUGGGUUCAAUCCCCGGCCAAGUCAUAUCUUAACAAAUUGGACCUUCUGCCUUUGCUAGGUGCUUAGCAUUUAGAUUGGAGACGUGUAAGAAUGACCUCAGGGUCUGCUGGUAGAACAGUUUUCUAACUGAAGUAGCUAGCCAGAGUAAAUAAAAUGUUGCUUCUCUUGAUACCUCCAUGUACUUUGUAUGAUAUCAGCACUCAGCAUUUAGAUUGGAGAAGGGUAAUACGUUACACAGGGCCCGCUGGUAGAGUUUCCUAACUGAAGUGACCCUUGGUAAAUAAAGCCAGACAAAACCAAAGAUUUUACUGCAUAAAUUGUCAGCGCUGACAAUUUAUGCAGUACCGACAAUUUGCGUGAAACGUUUUCCAAGUAUUGGAGCACACUUCUACAGUUGGUUUCUCCAGAUAAAAGUGGAUUAGAUUGUAUGAUUCUUAGCAUCUCAUCGAAUUGAACUGCUCCUAAUAAUCCAGUAUUUUGUUAAAUCAGUGCUGAUACUACAUGUGCAAUUAUGAUGAAUAAUGUGUGCAUUAUUCAGUGAAUCACACUGCCCUUUCACACGGUAAAAAAAUUUGUAAUUUGAAUGAUUCCAGUGAAAAAUAAGGCUAAUGAUGAAUGUUUAGCACGUGUGAAACCAAACUAGAACAUGAUACGAAUCACGAACGCUCAUCACAAUCACGAAUUCAAAUUCUACCCCUGAGGUAAAUUCCAGUUAAGUUCCACUCAAAUUACAGUACAAAUUUUGCGUGUGAAAAGCUUGACCUCCAAAACGUCUUUUUUGGGGGUGAAGCUUACAUGACCUUUCAUGCACUUCCGUAGAUAAUAAAAUUGUCAUGCACUCAUCGUAGUUUGUAUUUGCAAUGCAGUGCUUUGAUUGACAAGUCAACAAGGACACAUACCGCCUUCACUCAGGAAUUCAAAUUCAUAUCACAGUUUUCGGAAGAGUGUAUGAAAGGUCCGAUGAUUCUAAAGACAAAUUGCGAUCAUUACAAUGAAGAUUCAAGAUUCACAUGUGAAAAGGCCCACAGUUAGGCUGCUUGUCAUAAGUCUGUGCCAUGUCUUGGCAGGAUUCCAGGGCCCCAUCUUACGAAUAGUUUAGAUUGAUCCGAUCAACCUCAUAUGUAUGGAAAUUCAUCAGUGUGAUAUUUUUUCUGCAGGAAAUUUGUGCAAUGUCCUUUGUAAACAAAAGAAAAGCACCCUCACUUUUCAAGAAAGGCAAUGAAUGUAUGAAUGAACAGCAUAUCUAGAAAAUAUUUUGUACAAACAUGCAUUUUAGAUGUUGACGUUGCUGGCUUUCCAUAGUUGUGGUUGAUCGGACCAAUCGCAACUCUUUGUAAGACGGGUCCAGCUGUGCAUCUUUUCAUUUUAGCUACCGGUACUCUGCAUUGCCCACUAUUCUAUGAGGAAAAGAAAUGCGAGGAUGAGGGCGUAGGAAAAGCCGCUAGCAGGAUUCCUGCAGGAAAUACGUGGCUAUGACUUUUAAGAAGGUGCCUUAAGUUAGUAUAAAACAGUAAAAACCACCAAAUGUAUCCAUGCAUGGUAGUUUAUGAUAGUAUAUAUAUAUACCCAGUAUGCAAAGGAUGAUAUAUAUACCGGUAUAUAUGCACAAAAAUAAUAAGGAAUUUUAUUCAGGUCUCAUUAGGGUCGAUCCAAAGGAUGGAUCCCUCAAGCAAUUUCCUGUUUAAAAAAAGUUUUAAUAUAUGCAUUCUCUUUGUCCACGUAGUGACAUACAUUAGUGUAAUAAUAAUGUCUGUAGUGAUUAUGUUUUAUAAAUAAAGUGCGUAAAGGAUAUUCUUAACUUUCGUGGGGAUCAUGAAGAGUCAAGUGUGACUUUAAAAUUAUCUACUGAAAAACUCCCAAUAUUUGUUAUUUUGUUAUGAAGGGUUGAAUCUGUAUGUAUGAAAUAAAUGAUUGAAUCAUUAUUACGAAAGUAA